AUGAUGACUCAUCAAUCAAAGACGGUCAACGACAAUGAAAGUUCAAGUGAUGAUGAAUCAAUUACACAAGGUUCUCAUGUUAAUGAUGACAAAAAUGAUGAUGAUUCUGUCAAUGUAGAAUUCAAUGAUCUGAAUGAAGAAGAGAAAGAGAAUCCUCAUAUGGACAGUGGUAUCAUAGCUGAGUCAAAUGAUGAUGAUGAAUCACCACGUGAUGAUGAAACAACUGAUCCUGAAUCAAUGGAUGAAGAUAAAUGUCAUGCUUUCUAUGAAAUCGAACACCAAAAAGACAAAGCAAUGGAAGAAUUAUCAAAUGUAUUCGAAUUAUUGAACAUAGAUCCGAUCUAUGACAGAUGUCAUACAUUUGAAUCAAAGGAAAUGAUGACUCAUCAAUCAAUGGAAUUCAACGACGAUGAAAGUCCAAGUGGUGAUGAGCUCAUGGCAGAAGAUUCUCCUGCGCAUGAUGGCGAAAAUGAUGAUGAUGAUGAUGAUGAUGUCAAUGUGGAGUUUAAUAAUCUGAACGAAGAAGAGGAACAGAAUCCUCAUAUGGAUAGCGGUAUCAUAGCUGAGUCAAAGGACGAUGAUGAUGAUUCACCAUGUAUGGAUGAUGAGACGACUGAUCUCGAAUCGAUGGAUGAAGAGACAGGCCAUGUUUUCUAUGAACUCGAACACCAGAAAGACAAAGCAAUGGAAGAAUUGUCAAACAUAUUCUAA